GCUGUCGCGGGUUGCGCCAGGACUUACACCGUCCAAGAAGGAGACUACUGUGACAAGAUUUCCGCGGCCAACAACGUCUCGACGUACCAACUCGCUGUUGUCAACCCGAGCAUCGACCCUGGAUGCGGUAAUCUGUUGCCGGGCCAAACCCUAUGCCUGGGAAAUACUGGUGAAGACUGCUCACAGACUUAUCAAGUUCAGGCGGACGAUACUUGCGAGAGGAUCAUUACCAACCAUGGUUUGAACAGCACCUUGUUGUUUACCAACAAUCCGCAGAUACAUCAGGCCUGCGAAAACAUUUACAUUGGCGAGGUC